AUGGCCGAGGGGGGAGUAAAGCGCGCCGCUUCCCCCACUCGGGCGAUCUCGCCCCCACCAGUGCGCCGGAAGGUUGAAUCGACAGUGACCAAGAAGUCGAUGGCCUCUUUUUUCACUCCAACCUCACAGAAGAAGCCUGAGCCCAUAACCUGGCGCAUCGUUCAAAACAGUUUGGUCAUCGGCAGGUACACACCAGAUGGCAAGACUGCACAACAACCAGCAGCAGGACAGCGAAAGAUCGCUGCAUUUGAUCUGGUCAGCGCUGCCCACUUCUGUCUUGAAGGAAGGCUAAUCGGUCAGGGAACACAUUCGCCAAAUCGGCAACGGAUUGGAAAUGGUGGCACGCCUCUGUGCCGAAUCGUCUACAAGAACUCAACUCUAAGGGGUAUUCACCCUUCCCCUACUAUCAACCUCCCCACUGAUUUGUUUGUCGGUCCUAGAUUUCAGGUCGUUGUUGUCUCAAACCAGAAAAAGAUCAGCCUCAAAAAGGAUUUGAAAGGCGGACACAGCGACUCGAAGAGCCUUGCGACAUUCAAGGAGAAAACGACUGCUGUCAUGACUCAACUCGAAGUCCCUUUGAGUGUCUACGCAGCUACAGAGAAUGACGAAUACCGCAAGCCUCGUAUGGGCAUGUGGCGUGAGUUCCUGGACGACUAUGAUCUCGAUGUUGCGGGUGUGGAUUUGUCUGGCUCUGUGUUUGUUGGUGAUGCUGCUGGACGGCCUGGUGAUCACUCUUCUACGGAUCGCGGUUUCGCUGCAAAUAUUGGGAUACCAUUCAAAACGCCAGAGGAGUUCUUCCUUGGGCAAGCUUCGGACCCGUUGACUGAAGUCUUUGAUCCGUCGUUAUACACGAAGUCGAGCCCAGAUCAACCCGUCUCAAAACCGUUCUCCCGAAAACAUCCUCUUGAGCUAGUCAUCUUCUGCGGCAGUCCCGGUGCAGGGAAAUCCACAUUCUACUGGAACCACAUGGAGCCGCUGGGCUACGAGCGUGUCAACCAGGAUAAACUCGGAACACGUCCGAAAUGCCUCAAGGUUGCCCGAGAACAUCUCGAAGCAAAGAAGUCCGUCGCAGUCGACAAUACAAACGCCGACCUUGAAACAAGAGCCUACUGGACAUCUCUAGCAAAGGAACUAAAUGUACCCAUCCGCUGCGUACAAUUUAUCUCCUCCCCUGAGCUGUGCCGGCAUAACAAUGCCGUUCGAGCGGCGAACAAGGAACUAAAUCCCGAAUCCCGCUCCUCCGUACCAGGUAUUGCUUUCGGGAGCUUUGCGAGCCGUUUCAAGGAACCAACACUCGACGAAGGAUUCGAGGAUAUCAUCCCCGUUCGGUUCCAAUUCCAAGGGAGUGAGGAUGCACGAAAGGUGUGGGGUCAAUACUGGAUAUAG